GGAACACAUAUUUCAGGAUUCACCACACCGGACCACUUCGACCGAUGAACCAUGAGUUUCCUGCGACGAGGUCAAGAAUAUACCUUCCAUCAGGUCAUUAUGGAACUGUCAAGUAUGUUGGACCAGUCGACGGCACCACCGGUCUUUGGCUCGGCAUCGAAUGGGACGACUCAAAUCGCGGCAAACAUGAUGGCAUAAAGGAUGGGAAACGAUACUUUGACUGUCGAAUACCUAACAGCGGAUCAUUCAUUCGCCCAUCUUCCUCCAUUUGCUACGGGUAUUCAUUUUUGCAAGCAUUGAAAAAUAAGUAUGUCGAAGUUGUGCAUGGGACUGCAUCGCGGGAGAAGAUCGUUUUGGGCUCUUCAAACGGUGCCAUAGAGGUUGAAGCUGUAGACUUGGACAAGAUACGAGGCAAAUUUGCAAAUCUGGAGCGACUACGCGAAGUGAGCCUCGAUGGCGAGAUGGUUUCUACUGGGAAUAACCCAGGGGAAAUCCUGUCAACAUGUCCUAACAUCCGCGGCCUGGAUCUAUCUGCGACACUUUUGUCUGAAUGGGACGCUGUGGCGAUGAUAACUGCUGAGCUGCAUCAGCUCGAGCGGCUAGCGCUCAAUCGCAACCGGCUGACGCCGCCUCCAUCUCACUUGCCCGCAUCAGCUUGGCUGCGACUCUCAGAGCUCCAGCUGAACGGCACCUCGACUUCAUGGGAAGAAUUUACAUGCAUAGCGAUACUCAUGCCUCAACUUCGCAUAGCAGAACUCGGAUACAAUGGGCUAAAUUUCCUAUCACGUGCGAAGAUCUCUACAACGUUGGCCCGUAUCGAGAUCCUCAAUUUCGAUAGCAACAAACUAGAAGAUUGGCAACAUAUAAGCGAGGCAUUGAAGCCGUGUACCUCAUUACAACGACUCGUACUUUCAUCUAACGGCAUUGAAAGGAUUCCUCCUCGGGAAUCCUGUCCUUCGCCUUUGCACGGCCUUACAGUCCUCUCUCUUUCCAGUAACAAACUUCAUAAUUCGCGCGAUAUUGACCAAUUAUAUGAGUGGUGCCCUAAUCUCGAAACGUUGAGCCUCGCCAAAAAUCCACUGACUGAGGCAAAUGACACGUCUCGUUCUGCCAGGCAGCAAGUCAUAGCAAAGAUUCCGUCCUUACGGGUCCUUGACGCAACCGUGAUCUCGGCAAAGGAACGAUCAGACAGUGAAUUAUUUUAUCUUUCUUUCGUUGCGAAGACCGUGCCUGGGCGGGACGAAGACAAAAUGAAAGGACAUCCACAAUGGAAGAUGCUGUGCAUGAAGCACGGUAGACCCGCCGAGUCAGCGGCUGGUCGCGAUGGCAGACUAAGUCGAUAUCUGAUCGAGGUGAAAGUUCACCACUGCUCUGAGCCUCCUGGAGGCCACUUUACCCCGGAAAUGGAAGGGGGCCUCAUCACACCAGCUUCGCUGCGUGUGCUGUCUACGAUGAAAUUGGGGCUUUUCCGCCUCAGACUGAUGAAAACUUUGGGAGUAGGCAACAAUCCAAGGAACCGCGAUAAUACGUACGUAUGGUUGAGGAUGGGUGACGAUACACUAGCUCUUCUUCAAAACGAUGAUCAAGAAUUAGGAUGGUGGGGAAUAGAGAAUGAUUCACAGAUUGUUGUAUACAUAGCGCAGCAAACUGAAUCUUGA